AUGAAAAAACAACUUUAUGAACAAUCAUCACAGUUUCGUAACUGGUGUUUUUCCAAAUCUAAACUUCAAGAAACACGCGAAAAAAAUCAUGCGUCAUCUGUCGAAAAAGAAUUAAGAAAACAAGCAUUGGAGACUACAAAUUUAGAGCAGGAGAGAGUCAAUUCACCCAGUUUAUCACCACCAUCAGAAACUGAUUUUUUAACAUUGGAAGAUGAAAUUGCUUUAUACAAAUGUUGUUAUACAACUUCUGGUGGUCUUCCAGAUUUACAAUUUCGCCAAGAAUAUUUCGAUUUAAAAAACCAAUGCAAGUUUCUAUUGAAUUUCGCCAUAACAAAAUAA